AUGGUCGAGACUUCCCAUCCCGAUCACAAUGACACGGUCAUGGACCCCGUCGUGCCCAAGUCCGAACCCUUACCGGAUGGUUCGAUCAGCUCGACCGUGUCAACCCCCGAUCCCGAAGUUGAAGCCUUAACCCAAGAUCCGGCUCAGACUCAAAAACGAAAGGGAGGAAGAAAACCUAUUUACGCCACCUCUGAAGAAAGGAAGCAGCGUAAUAGACAGGCCCAGGCGGCCUUUCGGGAACGUCGCACCGAGUAUAUCCGUCAGUUGGAAACUACUAUCAAGCGCAAUGAGGAGUCCCUGCAAAGCCUACAGCAGAGCCACCGGAGUGCCGCUGAUGAAUGUCUGAUGCUACGAUACAAGAACUCCUUACUGGAGCGAAUCUUGUUAGAAAAAGGUAUCGAUGUUCAAGCUGAGCUACGGCUGAAGACCGGAGCUCCGGGGGUUCAACCGAAGACUACCCCGAUGCCUCCCAAGCCGGCACCAGGCCCUGCAGGACCCCGGCCCACGCAGAGACAUCCCGGUCUUGCUUCCAAGUCUGAUGCUUUUGCCAUGUCUCAGCGUGAUGGUGCAUAUGCUGUGCCGUCACCUCAGUUCCAGGCGACACCUACCUCGCAUGUCUCUUCUCCGUCGCAUGCCAAGUCACCUGGCUUUGGUUUCCAAGGUGGAAUGUCCCCCAUCGGUGUUGAUCAGCAAGGGACUGCACGUCCACAAUUGCUGCCUCAACCCCGGACAUUCAAUAACCAGACGUCACCAUCAGCGAUCAGCAUGCCGCAGACAGAUCCCAAUGACUCCAAGCCACGACUGCCGCGUGGUCAACAGCAGCGGGUCGCAGCUGCGUACUAUCCUUCUCCAUUCCAGAAACAUUAUGAUCAACUGGAACAAGAGUAUGAUGCACAAGCUGACUUGGUGGACGAGGACCACGAUGGCUCAGUAAAUACUUACGGGGUACCCGGGUUCACACCUCAAUCGGUUGCUUCCGGCUCGCAUAAUUUGUCCGGGUUCAAUGCUCCUUCCGGCGGCGACGGAGCUCCCGGAGACUUCGGAAAUGCAAACCAGUUGAUGGGACAAUAUGAACCUAUGCUGGAUACUGAUCCGUUUGGACUCAGUGCAAGUAUGCAUUUCCCUACGCCAUUCAACUACGAACAGAACAAUACUCGCAAUUAA